CGGUUAGCACUUACCGGUGUCAAGGCCUAAAGCCGGUCAUCCAAUAUUCAAAGCCCAAAUAAUACACACACACACACACACACCCAUUUCUUUGAAAACACCACCGCCACCUCCCCCACCGCCGCCGCACACCACCGACAUGUCCUCUCAACCCACCCCCUCCCCUCCUCCUUCCUCAACCACCGACCCCCAAAUCUCCGACGACGACGACAGACUUGCUCCUCCUUCUCCCGGUAAACGCGAGGUCUCGUCGGAACCCCCGCCGACGGCGACCCGAACCACCCCGGUUUUCCCGAGCCGGGAGGACUGCUGGUCCGAGGAAGCAACCCGGACUCUGAUUGAUGCGUGGGGGGCCCACUACCUUGACCUCAACCGUGGCAACCUCCGCCAGAAGCACUGGCAGGCUGUCGCCGACGCCGUCAACGCCCUCCACGGCGCCUCAUUCAAGCUCCGCCGCACCGACAUCCAGUGCAAAAAUCGCAUUGACACCACCAAGAAGAAGUACAAGAUCGAGAAGUCCAAGGUCUCCCAAUCCAACGGCCGCUACGUCUCCACGUGGCCCCACUUCCAAAGCCUAGACUCCCUCAUCGGCGACUCUUUCUCCAAGACCACCGCCACCACCUCCCACACCAGAAACCUCCGCCGCAGGGUUUCCCCUUCGCCGGAGUUCUCCCCUUCCCCAUCGGAGCCGCCGAUCCAUCGCCGGAAAAAUUCUCCGGCGAGACGCGACCACCCCGAAAAAGAUCCAGCCCCGAGCCAAACGCUGCGCAUCCCAUGGUCGGUGCCGGUGGGGCCCAGGUCGAAGCGGACUGGCCCCGGCAGCGUGACCGAAAGGAAUUUCUCAGUAAUGGCGGCCGCUGCGGCGGCGAUGGAGGCUGAAGAAUUGUACGAGAAAGAAGAAGAAGAUGAAGAAGAAGAUGAUUACAACAAUGAGUUGGAUGAUUACGAAGAAUGUGGGCGGCGGCGGCGGCAGCCGCUCUUGCCGGAGGUGGGAAUGAAAAGGAAAAGGAAGGAAGCGGUGGAAGACGAGGCGGCGGUGGCAGAAGACGGGUACAGAAGUUUGGCGGAGGCGAUAGCGAGGCUAGGAGAGAUAUACAAGAAAGUGGAAGAGGCGAAGCAGCGGCAGAUGGUGGAGAUGGAGAAGCAGAGAAUGCAGUUCGCCAAAGAUUUGGAGAUUCAGAGAAUGAAGGUCUUUAUGGAAUCGCAGGUCCACCUCGAGAAGCUAAAACGCAACUCGAAGCACAACUCUCAAAGUAGUUACUUGUAGACGGGGCCGCAACAUUUGUCAAGCGUGUUCGUUCGUCUGAUCAUCUUUUGGAAAUAUCAGUAAUAGAUUUCAGUUAGUUCUGCAUAUGCGUGCGUACGUACAGGGUGUCUCUAAUUAGAUAUAGUACCGUAGAUAAAGCUUUCUAAGUUCUACCUUUUGGGUUCGUCAAAGUUCCGUUUGUCUAGGGAUGGGUAUAUUCCGUUAAGUGGUUCUUUUGAUGAGUAUAUUCCGUUAAGUGGUUCUUUUGAUUAAAUCUCUAUGACAUGACAGAUCGUUUAACAGAAGUUAUAAAUUUUCGUGAGUUCAUUCAUACUCGUCAUUUU